GGUGUGCGCGUUCUUCGGCAUCCGAGAGCCCGAAAAUAUGUGUGUGCGUUUCCGUUUCCGAGUGGCUGAGUUGUGAAAAGCAUGAAAAAUUACACCCAAAUGUAAAGUGUAUAUUUUGCUCGGCGCUGAGUGCAAAAUGAUAGCUUGAGUUGAAAAAGCAAGAUAUUAAAGCCAACUACUAUGAAAAACGCGCAGCGUUUUGAUUUAUGUGAAUGCCAUAAAUGUGCAGAGCGCAAAUUGCAAAAAUACCUCAAAGGCAGCGGCGAAAGCGACAGCCACCACAGUAACUCAUUAAAACUAGUGCAAGUCAACAAAGGCACAGGCAACCGGGAAAGCUGGAGAAAGCCGUGCUGGAGCUGCUAAACUUAUCAUUUUAAUCACUGGAAAUCGCGAAAAGGUGUCGCCGCAAAACACCUGGCAACAAAACAUCGAGGCAAAUUAAUUGCUCAACGCUUUGCGACUUUCAGCAGUUUGUUCACUUGCAGCCGCUGAAAUAGCUUUCCACCGCCAUUGAAACUGCGUAGUUAUGGUCGAUCCAUUAAAAAUCUUUUGGGUCCUGACAAAUAGCACCUAUUUGGUUACAAAAUUUGUACGCAUUGGUAUUGCCGACAAAAACGAUUCACCGCCAUAUUUCGAUAGAUUUCUGUACGAGACUGAAAUCGAUGAAAAUGCCGAUUUGCAGAGCACAGUCCUCACUGUCAACGCCAAGGAUCACGAUGAGUCGACGAAUAUUCGAUACCAGAUCACAGGCGGUAACAUAGGCAAUGCCUUCGCCGUACAAAAUACCACCGGUGUCAUUUACGUGGCAAGUCCACUCGACUACGAAACGCGGCCAAGGUUCGAACUGCGCCUGGAGGCAACUCGAAAUCGCAAAAACAAUUACACCACCGUUGUGAUCAACGUUCGCGAUGUCAACGAUAAUCCACCGGUUUUCGAUCGUCAAACAUAUCGCACACAAAUCACUGAGGAAGACGAUCGCAAUUUGCCCAAACGCAUACUGCAGGUCACAGCCACCGAUGGCGAUGUAGAUAGACCAAUAAAUAUUGUAUAUUUCCUGACUGGCCAGGGCAUUGACCCUGAUAAUCCAGCGAAUAGUAAAUUUGAUAUAAAUCGCACCACGGGCGAUAUUUUUGUACUCAAGCCCCUGGACCGAGACCAGCCCAAUGGCAGGCCACAGUGGCGCUUCACAGUAUUCGCCCAGGACGAGGGCGGCGAGGGCCUGGUGGGCUACGCGGACAUCCAGGUCAAUCUGAAGGAUAUCAACGACAAUGCGCCGCAGUUUCCGCAGGGCAUCUACUUUGGCAAUGUCACCGAAAACGGCACCGCUGGCAGCUCGGUGAUGACCAUGUCCGCCGUCGACUACGACGAUCCCAACGAGAGCACCAAUGCCAAGCUAAUCUACUCGAUUGAGAAGAACGUCAUCGAGGAGGAGACGGGGGCGCCCAUCUUCGAAAUCGAACCGGAGACGGGUCUAAUCAAGACGGCGGUCUGCUGUCUGGACAGGGAGCGCACCCCCGACUACUCCAUCCAGGUGGUGGCGAUGGAUGGCGGUGGCCUAAAAGGCACCGGAACCGCCUCCAUUCGCGUCAAGGACCUCAACGACAUGCCGCCGCAGUUCACCAAGGACGAGUGGUUUACGGAGGUGGACGAAACGAAUGGCACUUACAUCCCAGAGACGCCCAUCCUCACGGUGACCGUUCAGGAUGAGGACGAGACCAACACGUUCCAGUACAAAGUGGUGCCCAAUAGUGGAUUCGGGGCGGACAAAUUUGCGAUGGUGAGGAAUGGCGAUGGAACGGGCUCGCUGAAAAUCAUACAGCCACUGGACUACGAGGAUCCGCUACAAAGUAGUGGAUUCCGGUUUCGCAUUCAGGUCAACGAUAAGGGUGACGAUGGACCCGGCGGAAGUGACAAGUACCACGUGGCCUAUUCCUGGGUGGUGGUUAAGCUGCGGGAUAUUAACGACAAUGUGCCCAAGUUCGAUCGGGAGCACAUUGAGGUCUCCAUCUAUGAGGACACGAAAGUGGGAACUAUACUCGAGCAGUUCAAGGCCACUGAUGCCGAUCAGGGGGGUCACUCCAAAGUGAUUUACAAAAUAGUUCGAUCCACGAACCGUAGAAGACAGUUUGCCAUAAGUGACAAAGGAGCUGUGAGCAUACAAAGACCUUUGGAUAGGGAAACCCUAGAUCGACAUCACAUUCAGAUCCUAGCUAUAGACGAUGGCAACCCUGCUCGAACUGCAACGGCAACCCUAAACGUGAUAGUUAAGGAUGUGAAUGACAAUGCACCCACUUUUGCCCAGGACUACAAGCCAACUUUGCCGGAGAAUGUGUCUGGUAAAAAAAUUCUGGAGGUGGCUGCCAAGGAUGCAGAUGAUCGACAAAGGGGCAAUGGUGGGCCCUUCACUUUUCGAUUGGAUCCUUUGGCGAGCGAUGAAAUAAGAGCGGGCUUUAAAGUGGAAUACGAUCGCAGAGGUGACAAUGGAAAUGGUGUGGCUAUCAUCUCAUCCCUUCGUCCUUUUGAUCGCGAGGUGCAAAAGACCUAUGCCAUCCCCAUUGAGAUCAAGGAUAAUGGAGCUCCUGCGAUGACGGGUACCAGUACUUUGACCAUAACGAUCGGUGAUGUAAACGAUAAUAAAAUGCAGCCGGGCAGCAAAUCCGUUCUGGUUUAUAACUACCAAGGACAGUCACAGGAUACGCAGAUAGGCAGGGUCUACGUCAACGAUCCGGAUGACUGGGAUGUUCCGGAUAAGAAAUACUACUGGGAGAUCAAGGAACACCAGCGUUUUAAGCUAGAUACGGAUACGGGAAUUCUAACGAUGAGAGCGGGAACCAGAAGAGGUCGUUAUCAGUUGAAAUUCAAGGUCUACGAUCGCGAGCAUGGCCAGGAGGAUAUACCCGCCAAUCUGAGCGUUACAGUGCGCGACAUAACAGCAGAGGCUGUUCAGCAAGCCGGUUCCAUGAGAUUGGCCCACAUAACGGAUGAAGACUUCGUGAGAACUUGGAACCCAGUUAAAAAUCAAGUGGAACCAUCUAAGUUGGAAAGAUUUCGUAACAAACUCGCUGAAUUGCUAUACACAGAUCGAGAUAACGUGGAUGUAUUUAGUGUCCAGCUGAAGGAGGGUUCUUCCUAUCCAAUGACCGAUGUUCAUUUUGCAGCCCGUUCUGCAACUCAGCAACCAUAUUUCAAAGCAGUUCGCUUGAAUGGUGUGGUACAGAUGCAUCGUGAGGAGAUCGAGCAUGAAGUGGGCUUAAAUAUCACCAUGGUUAAUAUUAAUGAGUGCUUGCACGAGGGUAAGGGAAAAUGCGGUUCUAGUUCUUGCACUUCCAAGGUGGAAUUGGGCAAAAAACCCUAUACGGUUAGUGUUAAUCGCACAGCUUUGGUGGGCGUUCGUUUGGAUAUCAGUGCUCAAUGUGUUUGCAAGGCCAGGAACUUUACCAAUCAGGAUCACAACUGCAGAACCCAUCUAUGCUAUAAUGGAGGACGUUGUGUGGAGACUCGAAAUGGUCCCAAAUGUGUGGCCUGUCCAGUGGGCUACAAUGGUCCUCGUUGUCAGCAGUCCACCAGGAGUUUUCGCGGCAAUGGCUGGGCCUGGUAUCCCCCGCUCCAGCAAUGCCAGGAAUCCCAUCUCAGUUUGGAGUUCAUCACACGUGUGGCCGAUGGCCUGAUACUCUACAAUGGACCCAUAGUCCCACCUAAACCUGAAGAAACCGUGAUCAGCGACUUUAUAGCCAUCGAACUGGAGCAGGGCUAUCCGCGUCUCCUCAUCGAUUUUGGGUCGGGAACCCUGGAACUAAGGGCAAAGACCAAGAAAACCCUGGAUGAUGGCGUGUGGCAUCGUUUGGAUAUAUUCUGGGACUCUGAAAAUGUCAGGAUGGUUGUGGACUUUUGUCGCACUGCCUUGGUCAGCGAAAUGGAGGAUGGCACUCCGCCGGAAUUCGAUGAUAAUGCCUGUCAGGCGAGGGGACUAAUUCCCCCAUUUUCCGAGGCCCUCAAUCUGAAUCAACCCCUUCAAUUGGGUGGCCUUUAUAGGCAGCACUUCGACCAAACCCUGUACAAUUGGCAGUACGCUUUUAGCUCAAAGGGCUUCGAUGGGUGUAUCCGAAAUGUAAUCCAUAAUUCUGAGCACUAUGAUUUGGCUUUUCCCGCCUUGGCAAGGAAUAGUUUUCCCGCCUGUCCGCAAACCGAUGAAGUUUGCCUGAAAACCGAACAUACAGCCCGUUGCUGGGAGCAUGGUAAUUGUGUGGCCAGUCUGGUUCAGGCCAAGUGCCAUUGUCAGCCGGGUUGGAUGGGUCCGGGUUGCAAUGUGCCCACCAUUCCGACGACUUUCAAGGCCCAGAGUUAUGUGAAAUUCGCCCUAAGCUUCGAGCCAGACCGAUUUUCCACACAACUGCAGCUAAGAUUUCGAACCCGCGAGCAGGGUGGCGAACUCUUCCGGGUUAGUGAUCAACAUCAUCGGGAGUACGCCAUCCUGGAGCUACGUCGGGGCCAUCUUCAAUUCCGAUACAACCUGAACUCGCUCAGAAACGAGGAGCAACUACUGACUUUAACAGCCAUCACUGUGAACGAUGGCCAGUGGCAUGUGAUUCGCAUUAGUCGAUACGGAUCGGCGGCUCUAAUGGAACUGGAUGGCGGGGAGUCGAGGCGGUACAACGAGUCCUUUCACUUCGCAGGACAUCAGUGGCUGAGCAUCGACAAGCAGGAGGGUGUUUAUGCGGGCGGCAAGGCCGAGUAUACGGGAAUCAAGACCUUUGAGGUGCAGUCCGACUUUCAAAGGAGCUGCUUGGACGACAUCAGGCUGGAUGGAAAACACUUACCCCUGCCCCCCGCCAUGAACGGUACCCAGUGGGGCCAGGCCACGAUGGCCCGCAACCUGGAGCGCAACUGCCCCUCGAAUAGGCCCUGCUCGAAUGUCAUCUGCCCGGAUCCCUUUGACUGCGUCGACUUGUGGAACGAAUACGAGUGCACAUGCAGCGAGGGUCGCAUCAUGUCCUCGGACACCAAGGGCUGUGUGGACAGGAACGAGUGCCUGGACCUGCCCUGUCUGAACGGGGCCACCUGCAUCAAUCUGGAGCCCCGGCUGCGGUAUCGAUGCAUCUGUCCGGAGGGCUAUUGGGGCGAGAACUGCGAACUGGUCCAGGAGGGGCAGCGCCUGAAGCUGAGCAUGGGCGCCCUGGGGGCCAUAUUCGUUUGCCUGAUUAUCAUACUGAUUCUCGCCCUGAUCUUCGUGAUAUACAGCCGCAAACGCAAGACGACCAAGAAGAAGAAGCGCUCGGGUCCCGAGAAGGAUGUCCGGGAGACGGUAAUCAGCUACGAGGACGAGGGCGGCGGGGAGGACGACAUGACGGCCUUCGACAUCACGCCACUGCAAAUACCAAUCAGCGCCCAGGGAGGACCGCCGGACAUCGCCGCCUGCAAGAUGCCCAUAAUCUACCCCGUGAUGACGCUGCUGCCACCUGGCCAGGAGCUGAACGUGGCCUAUCUGAUGGAGGAGCGGAAGCAGCGCAUCGACAAGGACAACAACGCACCGCCCUUCGACGACCUGCGCAACUUCACCUUCGAGGGCAGCGGCAGCAUUGCCGAGUCGCUGAGUUCGCUGGCCUCCGGCACUGAUGAUGAGAAUCAAGACUUUAACUAUCUACAGAACUGGGGUCCACGUUUCAAUGCUCUGGCCGCCAUGUACGUGCACGAUAAGGCGAAAGCCAAGCAGCUUCCAUCGGACGGCGGUGGAGGAUCUGCGGAAGGACCAGGAGCCUCAUCAUCAUCGCCAUUGGGAGGAGGAGGUGGAGGUGUAGGUGGAGCAGGGAUUGCAGGCGAUGUCCUUGCGGUGGUGGCAACCGGCAGUGGGGCAGGUCCUGGAGGCGGCGGCGGUGCCAGUGGGUUAAUGAUACUGCCCGAUGUCGACAAAGUUGUAUUAUAAAGAUAAAUAGUUAAGUUGUAGUUAAAAUGAUGUUUCAGCUGUAAGCACUAUGGAGGGUGGAAACCUCUAACCGAAACAGGUGUUUUGUGUAUUUUUGUGUCUGGUUAGAGUUAAUUGUAUGUACAUGUGGCUAACUGUGGAAUUUAAGACUAACUUAAGGUUUUUAGGUGUUUUCUCACAUAUAAGAUAUUGAGGGGCUCAAAUAAAGAAUGGGUUAUCAUUGAAGAACCCGCGUUACUUUCGCUACUUGUUAAUAUAAAAAAGUUAUGGAUUUUAAAUACAUAUAUGUUGAAAAUUAGAACAAUUUAAUGUUAUUAAUUUUAAUAUGCUGUUCCUUUAAAUAUAUAAUUUUGGUUGUUGAUAUACAUUUUUCCAUUUCAUUUUAAGAUCUUUUAAAUCCACGGGAAAGGUACACCUAUAACCUUCCCAAGCCACUUUCUUUCACAAGACUUUCUGUGUCUUCCCUUCAAGUCUCAUCUGCUCGAUGAUAUUUAACUGAACCAACUGAGAAAUCAAUGAAUAAAAUUAUAUGAUUAAGCAUACUACACAACAAUGAAAAAGAGUUUAUAAAACUUGCUACAUAUUAGUUAAAGACCCUGUAUAAAUACGGCGUUAGCUCUCUAGCACGUAAGUUGGACCGAACUAAACCGAAAUUUUGCCCAUCCUCUCAGAAAAUGUUGAGCGUUGCAACUUUUGUGCGCCACCGACAGGGGAACGUGUCCAAUUGCCACCGACCAGGUGGCACCUGAAAACCCAAAAGCCAACGCCGAAUGCUGCCACCGAACCCAUGCAGCCACAAAAGUUUGCAGAGCAAAGUAGAAAUUUAAUAAGAGGAAAAAUCAUAACUAACUUUGGUGAAAAUUAAAGGUAAUUGGGGGAGACUCUACUGUAACAUAAUUUUGUACAUAUUAAAUUCUGUAAUUCUACAAUUAAAUGAAUGGCUAUCAUAGCGAAGAAACGUAAAGAAAAGAAAACAACUAAUAGACUAAUUAACUACAAUUAAACCUACAUUUAAUUACCGACUUAACAGAAGCCGAAACCAAAUACGAGUGUUGAUCAAACCAAUUUCAUAUUUCUGCAUUUACUAGCAACUACACAACCAGAACAGAAAAUGAAAGUAUUAAUAAUAACAUUGUAAUAUGUAUUAAAUUAUGAGUCGUACACGAAAACAAUGGUUAAUUACAAUUACGUUAGUUAAUGGACAAUUUGUUAGUAGUUAGCAUCUAAGCAUAAUUUUUUAAAAAUCAAUAAAGCCCCCAAAAAAAUACAAAU